AUGUAUAAACAGUUACUCAAGCUUGAGAAUUCAACUAUAAGGCUGCUUAGGCAACAGCACUGUCACAUUAAAUCAUAUACAACAAGGUACCUAGCCACUACUACUACACCUACACCUACAUCAUCAAAAUCAGAGUCACCAAAAACCAGUGCUACUACUACAGCUGCAGCCACCGCUACUUCUACUACAUCUCCAGCCAGCAGACAUGUAUCCACUCCUUUGGAUAUACCAGCUGAAGUACAACCACCACCAGGAUCAGCAAUUAGUUUGAAAUCAGCCACUCGUGAUCCAUCCAAAUAUGGUACUCGUCCAAUUUACUUGGAUGUACAAGCAACUACCCCAACUGAUCCACGUGUUUUGGACAAAAUGUUGGAAUUUUACACUGGUUUAUACGGAAACCCUCACUCAUCAACUCAUGCUUAUGGUUGGGAAACCGAUAAAGAAGUUGAAAAGGCAAGGGCACACGUUGCCAGUGUUAUAAAUGCUGAUCCUAAAGAAAUUAUUUUCACAAGUGGUGCCACUGAAACCAACAAUAUGGCCAUUAAAGGUGUGCCACGUUUUUACAAAAAAACCAAGAGACACAUCAUCACCACUCAAACUGAACACAAGUGUGUUUUGGAUUCCGCAAGACAUAUGCAAGAUGAAGGUUUUGAAGUUACUUACUUGCCCGUCAACUCAGAAGGGCUUAUCAAUUUGGAUGAUUUAAGAAAGGCUAUUAGAAAAGAUACUUGUUUAGUGUCUGUAAUGGCGGUGAAUAACGAAAUUGGGGUUAUCCAGCCAUUGAAGGAAAUUGGUGAAAUUUGUCGUGAACACAAAGUUUUUUUCCAUACCGAUGCCGCGCAAGCUUUUGGUAAAAUACCAAUUGAUGUCAAUGAAAUGAAGAUUGAUCUUUUAUCAAUUUCAUCACACAAAAUUUAUGGGCCAAAGGGAAUUGGUGCUUGUUAUAUCAGAAGAAGACCAAGAGUCAGAUUGGAUCCAAUCAUCACUGGUGGUGGACAAGAAAGAGGUUUAAGAUCAGGUACAUUGGCGCCACCUUUGGUUGCUGGUUUCGGUGAAGCUGCAAGAUUAAUCAAGGAAGAAGGUGCUUAUGAUAAGAAACAUAUUGAGAAAUUGUCGACCAAGUUGAGAGAGGGAUUGUUGUCUAUUCCAUCAACUAUACUAAACGGAUCUACCAACCCUAAAUAUCAAUAUUCUGGUUGUGUUAAUGUAUCAUUUGCUUACAUUGAAGGUGAAUCGUUGUUGAUGGCUUUGAAAGAUAUUGCUUUAAGUUCAGGUUCUGCUUGUACUUCUGCCUCAUUGGAACCAUCAUACGUUCUUCACGCUUUGGGUGCUGAUGACGCUUUGGCUCAUUCAUCAAUCAGAUUUGGUAUUGGUAGAUUUACUACUGAAAGUGAAGUUGACUACGUUAUACAAGCAAUCAAUGAACGUGUUGAGUUUUUGAGAAAGAUGUCACCAUUGUGGGAGAUGGUACAGGAAGGUAUCGAUUUAGAUUCGAUCGAAUGGAGUGGUCAUUAA